CAACGAUAAGCCCUUCAAAUUAACUCUUCACUUUUCCAACCCUAAACCACUAUUUUCCAAUCAAUCAAAAAAAGAAAAAAGAAGAUUUUUUUUUUCCCACUUCUAUUCUCUAUCUCUCUUUGAUGCAGUUUGAACAAUCCGAUGGGAUGUGGGGUUUCAAGAUUACAUGCCGAUGAACGCCUAGAAGCUCUCAAGAGUGAGUUACCUCAUGAUGGCAAGCCGGCUACUCCUCUCCGACCUCAUUUUCCGGGCACCAGUGCCUGGAAAGUCGCGGCUUCACCCGACGAUAGCUUAACCAGUUUUAUGUCUUCGCCAGGCAAGAAGGAAAGCACGGAGGCUACGAAAAAAGACAAUGAAAAGGAGGAAAAAUUGUUAGACAAAGUGGAUGGGACUGCAAAGAGCAAAGAAGGUGGUAAUUUUGAGGAUGAACGUGACGAUGAAGAAACCACAGAUUUCCCAGGCUCGCCAAGCUUUAGAGUAUACUUUAUUAACAAUUUGACUGAUGAUGACGAUGAGGAUAGUUAUUAUAAGAAAAAUGGCUCAAAGCGUAUGACGUCUCCGCGUAGCGAUCACAACAUAUCAGCAAAAAUGAACUUAAAACAAGAGUUUGUGCCGAAGAAAGAAGAGAGAGGAAAGACAAGGAGGACUUUAAGGAAAGUUAUGGGAGGACAAACUGCCAUGAGAAAUCUAUUCAAGGGGAGGUCAUGCCACACUUCCGGUCAAACGUCUUGUACCCACAAUCGUAACCAUCUUCUUGCAGGAAAAACGCCAUCUUGAUUAUUUGAUUGUAGAUUUUCAUUGUCUUUCUUCAUUGGUGCAAUAUUAUGUGUCGAUGUUAUCAUUCUGAGUAAAGAGAUGAGAUCUAUUAUUGUCAUUCUCAAAUGUCACAAGGCGUCUGCGAUUAUUUUUAGAAUGAAAAUUAAACAAAUCUUUAUCCGAUAUUGUUUGCAUCUUUUUUCACAUGAGCCAAAA